AUGGCACCGUCAACAGUCUUCUCUUAUUGGCGUCGCGACCAUCGGCGCUCGUCUGCCUCGCCAGCUACGUUGGCCGCAUCCUCACCAUCUUCGAAAGGGGCAAACGGGGGGCCGAUAAGCACUCCUCCUCAAAUACCAGAGAUUCUGGAUACCCCGAAAUUGACCACCACUUUCAGCGGUCGCCCCUCUCACGAUGAACCCUCCUCGACCGAGUCGCCGGUGGAAAUCGAUGCCUCGAAGUUGAACAUCAGCUCAUCAGCAGCGCCGCUUUCCUCAUCGCUCACACUUGCUGUACCUUCGCCGACAUACGAGAAAGAUCCCCGUCCUCACUCGAGCCCCGGUGAUUGUGAAGGCGAGCACCCCACAUCCCAAUCGAAAGAUCCACAGUCGUCCAGCACGGGUCUACGCUCUGAUCAAGGGGACGGGGAGUCAUCGAAUAAUAAAACCAGCUCAACUUUCCGGCGCUCAUUUGGAAAACAGAAACGAUCACCCACUGCGGCUGCAGGAUCUGGACAUUUCCGUUUCAAGACCUCGCCGGAGGACUCUCCAGCAGACAAACAGAGCUUGCCGAAAGAUCUCAAAAUUGACAGCACUGCUGCAACAACUAAGCGCAACGCAGAGCGCGAUAUGACCGGUGAACAAACGCAUCACAAAUCGGGAAAGGCGAUGCUUCAUCUCUUAAAUCCAAUGUCUCUACUCGCGCGCAGACGGUCCGCGCAGAUCGUGAACACUCGCGCAGAGAACGUCAAAAUCCCCAAUCGCAAUGUUCCAGCUAUGCCGGAAGAUUACGAUCCUAGAAUUCGGGGUAAGAUUGUGCACGACUUUUCAGCGCCGCGGCCUCGCCGAAAUGUUUCCGCUACACAACUUGACACCACUACACAAUACGCAUCGCCGGCACAGAUACCUAGUCAUCCUAAUGGGUCUCGCUGGAGCGAUCAAUCAAAGCCCCACAGCGAUCAUUCGCCUGUUUUCAAAGAACACUUCGAGGACCAGAACGUUCUACAGGUUGAAAAUAAGGGCUACCUCCAGUCCUCACUAUUGACGACCCAGUCCCAACCUGGGUAUGAUCAAUCAUUACCGGUAUUUGCCAGGAAUCUCCCAUCUCAUUUACCUGAACAAACAAGCAAAGACCUUGUGGAGCCGGCUGAUCCCGAGCCUGAGACGAAAGAGGCUCCGAGCGCCCCAGAACCGGUCUCUCACUCGCAUCCAGAACCCCAGGAUCAAGAUACCAUUUCGCAUGCUCCUUUCACCUCCUCUGGCCUUCCCAGGCAUCUCAAGAGUAAUGCUUCUCGCUUCAGCUUCGACAUGACUGGGGUAGAAUCAUCGACCCAAGAAAAGAUGCUAGAGGAGAAGCACAAGGCCAAGGAAGCAUAUCGCAAAGUGGAAGAUGGGUAUUUCGAUGACUUUGACGAUGACUUUGACGAUGAUAUCCUGGACGACCUGGAUGGCCUGGAAGAGAAGAUUCCGGGAGUCAAUGUGGAUGCAGAUGAUGACGACUAUGAUGACUUCUCGCUGUCUGUCAAUCCCAAUAACGGAGCAAAGUCAUGGGCUAUACCUGGAUUGUCACCAGUAGUUGCGAGUCCAAUUACCCCUGCACCGCAAAAUCAGAGCAACAACUCAUACUUUGCACCCGUUGCACCCAAUCGUGAAACCACACCGCUGAAUGAUGAGCUGGGACAAGGUACUGUCGCGAGCUCUGUCCAAGCCCCCCAGGCAAAUGCAACAGCCAACCCGAACCCGCAAACCCUUGAUGACGACGAUCUUUACUUUGAUGAUGGCGAAUUUGGAGAUCUUGAUCUCGACAAUCAAGACGGAGGAUUUGAUGAGUCCAUAUUUGACGAUGAGACUAGUCAUUUAUACGAGCGGAAACCGGUUGGUGCUCCUACUGCGCCUCUUGCAAACAACCUCGACCCCGUCGAUGAAACCUCGCCGGACAAAGAUACAUUCUUAGCCGAAAAUGAGGACCAUGGCUUGAAGCACAUGUCAAGUGUGGCCAGUGACUACCGGGCCGCUAGUUCUGUCAAACGUGGGCCCCUUGGUGAGUCAAUACCGAACAUGGGCCCGUCUCGGGCUCAUGGUGGUGUGCUCACAGAGCAGAAUUUGGAUCUUUUGCAUAACGCUUUAGCGUUUGCGGCCAGUGAAUCUGGUCAUGGCGGACGGUUCGAUCGCACGUUCAGCACGAGUGACAGAUCCCAGGGCCAAGAAAGCAUGGACCAGAAAUCGCACACGUUGGACCUGCAGCCAGGCCUGACUGCAGAUGAAAGUCGAGUCAGCCAGUCUGCAGACCCUAGUGGACUUGAGGAUGUCUUUGAUGAUGGCCUGUACGAUGAUUUUGACGACGCGUAUUUCGACGACGCCAUCGUUGCCGCUGCCAAUGCAGAGGCUUUGGAAAACGACGACGACGGCUUUUACGGUCAAGAGUUUGGAUUCUACGCACAUGCAGACGGCAGUGGCAGUUCGGAACUCACCAAUGGGGGAUACUUUGGCUCUCGGCGUGUUGAGGGCAUAACGCGCAGCCACAGCAGCCGGGCAAACUUCCAAGAGCCAAGCCUCACGCCAAUCACUGAGAAAAGUGAGUGGAGCACGCGGAACUCCAUGAUCUCACUCAAGGCGCACGGAGCUACCCACGGAGCUACCCACCCCAACUCAGCCCUGGCGAGCCCGGGUCUGGCCCAGCUGGUUGAUAUCGGGAAUCUGGAUGAUGAGAUGUCGCUGAGCGCACUCAUGAAAUUACGACGGGGAGCUUGGGGCGGGAGCAAUGGCAGUCUGCGCAGUAGUGCAAGCAGCCCACCUCGCACGCUCUCGCCGUCCCACCGCACCAGUUUCACUGGUGCUGAAGCAAGUCCCAUUGUACCCGAUGCAAGACCCUUGCUUCCUGACGAAGGACCCACGAGUGCGGGACAUUUCCCUGACGAUGGUCACUCAUCAGCUUCCCCGUUGCAUGAAGGAACUGCCGAUCUCCCGACCAGCAAGAUCCUUACCGGGCCGGUAGCUCUCACAGAUCGUGACCAAGUCCCGAACCCCGGAACUGACCGCCUGAAUGUUUUAUAG